GACCAAAACUUCAGCACCGCCCCGUCGCAGCCCGCAUGACCCUUGGCUUUUUCAGAAUUCCUCUUGUCCCCAGCGAGCGUCGCGUGUGUGAGUGGAAGAGGGUGAGAUCGAUGGAUACGGGAGGCGACUGCAGCGGCGGCGGGGGACUGGAGGAGGAAGCGGCGCGGAGGGAGCGGGAGUGGGAGGAGGUGGCCGAGGCGGUGGCGUACGACUCCUGCACCUGGCCGCCGCCAGUCGUCGCGGUGUGCGGCCCGGGGAACAGCGGCAAGUCCGCCUUCUGCCGCCUCCUGCUCAACACCCUCAUCGCAAGGUACAGAAAGGUUGGAUACCUGGAUAUUGAUGUUGGUCAGCCUGAGUUCACCCCUCCAGGGUUUGUGUCACUCCACGUACUUGAGGAACAAGCUAAAGAUUUGACAAUUCUGUAUUUGCGCAAUCCAAAGAGGUGCUUCUUUUUCGGCGAUGUCUGUGCAAAAAGAAACCCAAAACUUCUCUUGACCUACAUAUUUGACCUCUAUGACUAUUUCCUUAAAGAGUUUUACUGCUUUCGUGAGGUUGAUAAUCCUGAGAAAUCAGCCAUUCCACUUGUUAUCAAUACUUCAGGAUGGGUAAAAGGUACUGGGUUUUAUGUGCUAACAGAGAUGUUGAAAUAUGUAUCCCCAACUCAUGUUAUUCGGGUAUCUACCACAGUAGAGCAUAAAAAUUUACCAGGUGGAACGUUUUGGAUGAACCAAUAUGAUGCAGAUCCACCAAUUAAUUUAGUUGAAAUUGGUGCAGCACAUAAUUCUCCUCGUCAUUUAUUAGUAAAGAAAGAGGCAAAGAUUACUCGCGACCUCAGGCUGAUGGCUUACUUCAGGCAGUGCUUACCAAGAGACUUUAAUAUAUCCUGUUUUGAUGAUUUAAUUCGAGGCUUUGUUUCCAUACAUCCAUUUCAGCUUCGUCUGUCAAAAAUACAUGUUAUUGAUCUACACCGCCAGGUUUCUGGUACUGAUGCACAUCGCUUCUUGAGUGGUACAAUUAUUGGUAUGGCAACAAGUGCCUCUCCUCCUUUGUCAAUCGAGUGUUCCACUCCUUGCUGCAUUGGACUGGGUUUUAUCAAAGCUGUACAUAUUUCAGAAGACUGCAUUCAUUUGAUCACACCAGUUUCUCACAAGCUCAUGGAAAAGGUCAACAUCAUUUUUCAAAGCUGUAUUGCAGUUCCUAGUUGCCUCUUGCAGGUGUCUGAUACAUUAAGCGAUAUAACAGGCAGGCUGCUGAAGCUCUAGAUCUUUGGAUAUGCUUACAAGUAUAAUCAUUACGGAUAGAAACUGUGCAAUUAUCUGUUGUGGCGACAAACAACCAAACUAGAGCUGCCAGAAACCAGUAGACCUUUAACCUGUAUGGAAUAUGAUUUUCAUCAUGUAUUAGCUAACUUCACCUGAAGACUGAAGAAAUUUGAUGUUACAAUCAGACAGCACAAAUUGGUACCUAAAAUCGGCAAUGGCUGAUAAAUCAUGUUGAACCCUUUGUUGAUGUACUGGUAUUCUUCCAUCAAAUGUGACAUGUUGAACUUCU